CGCUUUCUCUCUCUCUCUCUCUCUCCAUUUCACUUUCUUUUUUCAUUUUGUCGAGAACCAAACACUCGAAUUUUCUCUUUCAUUUUUCUCGGUGCUGCAAAAUAAUGUCAUAAAUCUGUCUCUUUCUCUCAUAUAGACAUUCCGAAUUUCGUUUUUCUUUAUUUUCUGUGAUCAUUUUUCUCUGUACGCUAGGGAGAUCAAUUUUCUCUCGGUGGCGUUGCUAUUUGGUGAUUAUUGUGCGAGUAGAAGACAAUGUGGAAGCUGAAAAUCGCGGAGGGAGGGAGUCCAUGGCUACGGACGGUGAACAAUCAUGUCGGACGACAAGUUUGGGAAUUCGAUCCCAAGCUCGGGUCGCCUGAAGUGCUAGCCGAGAUCGAAAGAGCUCGCGAAAGCUUCUCCGUGAGUCGUUUCGAGAAAAAGCAUAGCGCAGAUCUACUUAUGCGGAUUCAGUUUGCCAAGGAGAACCCACGUGGUGCAGUUCUACCCCAAGUCAAAGUAAAUGAAACAGAAGAUGUUACAGAGGAGAUGGUGACUAGGACGUUAAGAAGGGCUAUAAGUUUCCAUUCAACUCUCCAGGCCCAUGAUGGACAUUGGACGGGGGACUAUGGAGGUCCAAUGUUUCUUAUGCCUGGCUUGGUAAUCACUCUGUCUAUCAUUGGAGCGCUAAAUACAGUUUUAUCUGAAGAACAUAAAAAGGAAAUGCGCCGUUACCUCUACAAUCAUCAGAACAAAGAUGGUGGGUGGGGAUUACACAUUGAGGGCCCAAGUACCAUGUUUGGUACUGUCUUAAGCUAUGUUACAUUAAGGUUGCUUGGUGAAGGAGCUAAUGAUGGGCAAGGAGCGAUUGAGAGAGGGCGUAACUGGAUUCUGGACCAUGGUGGUGCCACUGCAAUUACAUCGUGGGGAAAGAUGUGGCUUUCAGUACUUGGAGUAUUUGAAUGGUCUGGCAAUAAUCCCCUUCCCCCUGAGAUAUGGCUUCUUCCUUACAUGCUCCCUGUUCAUCCAGGAAGAAUGUGGUGUCACUGUCGGAUGGUCUAUUUGCCAAUGUCUUACUUGUAUGGGAAGAGAUUUGUUGGUCCAAUCACGCCAACAGUUUUGUCUUUGAGGAAGGAGCUGUAUACUAUCCCCUAUCAUGAAAUAGAUUGGAAUCAGGCACGCAACCUAUGUGCAAAGGAAGAUCUGUACUACCCACAUCCGCUGGUGCAGGAUAUACUUUGGACAUCUCUUCAUAAGCUCGUUGAACCAGUUUUAAUGCAUUGGCCUGGAAAAAGACUCAGAGAGAAGGCUCUUCACACCGCGAUGGAACAUAUACACUAUGAAGAUGAAAAUACUCGUUAUAUUUGCAUAGGACCUGUAAACAAGGUGUUAAAUAUGCUCUGUUGUUGGGUCGAAGAUCCAAAUUCUGAGGCUUUUAAGUUGCAUCUUCCAAGAAUAUAUGAUUAUUUGUGGAUUGCUGAAGAUGGAAUGAAGAUGCAGGGUUAUAAUGGAAGUCAAUUAUGGGAUACUGUGUUUGCUGUUCAAGCUAUUAUUUCAACCAACCUUUUUGAAGAGUAUGGUCCUACUCUCGAAAAAGCACAUAUGUACAUAAAAAAAUCGCAGGUUCGAGAAGAUUGCCCAGGUGAUCUUGAUUAUUGGUAUCGCCACAUUUCAAAAGGUGCUUGGCCUUUCUCAACCGCCGAUCACGGAUGGCCCAUAUCAGACUGCACAGCAGAAGGAUUGAAAGCUGCUCUUUUAUUAUCUAAAAUUCCGCUAGAUGUUGUUGGUGAACCAUUAGUUGAAGAGCGAUUAUAUGAUGCUGUAAAUGUCACUCUCUCAUUACAGAAUGCGGAUGGUGGCUUUGCAACAUAUGAGCUCACAAGAUCCUAUCCCUGGUUGGAGUUGAUCAACCCUGCAGAAACCUUUGGGGACAUUGUUAUUGAUUAUCCUUAUGUGGAAUGUACGUCAGCAGCAAUUCAAGCUCUGACAUUGUUUAAGAAAUCAUUUCCCAAGCAUCGGCAAGAAGAAGUAGACUGCUGUAUCAAAAGAGCUGCUAUGUUCAUUGAAAAGAUACAAGUAUCAGAUGGUUCCUGGUAUGGUUCUUGGGGUGUUUGCUUCACCUAUGGUACAUGGUUUGGGGUAAAAGGGUUGGUGGUUGCUGGAAAGAACUUCAAUAAUUGCUCAAGUAUCCGCAAAGCUUGUGAUUUUCUGCUGUCUAAGCAGCUUCCGUCAGGUGGCUGGGGAGAGAGUUAUCUUUCAUGUCAAAACAAGGUGUAUUCAAAUGUAGAGGGUAACAGGUCUCAUGUUGUAAAUACUGGAUGGGCUAUGUUGGCGCUUAUAGAUGCUGGACAGGCCGAGAGAGAUCCAACGCCACUGCACCGUGCAGCUAGGGUUUUGAUAAAUUCUCAAAUGGAGAGUGGAGAUUUUCCUCAAGAGGAAAUCAUGGGGGUCUUCAAUAGGAACUGUAUGAUUACCUACGCUGCUUACAGGAACAUUUUUCCUAUUUGGGCAUUGGGAGAGUACCGCUGUCGGGUAUUGCAGGCUCCCUAAUAAGCCAACAAUGUCGUUAUUCUCAAUACCAUUUUCCAAAUGUUUUUUCUAAUCUCUAGUUAUUUUUAGGCGUUUCCUCCC